CCCUUCCCGCGGGUCCCUCCCUCCUUCCCUCCCCGCCUGCCUCCUGCUCUCCCUGCCUUCCUCGUCACCGACUCGAGCCAUCUAUAAAUCCCCUUUUCUGGCAGAGCCCCGCCGUGGGAAGAGGAAGCCCCCCUUUGCUCGUGGCGCCCGGGAUCAGAAGAGCCGCAGCUGUCGCCUCGCAGCCAGCGCCGGGGGAAAAGCCGCUCGCGCUUCCAGCCCGCCUGCCCGCCAGCCAGCGCCCGGCCGGCGUCUGCCUCUCGCUCUCCUCCCCCCCCUCUUCUGCCCCUCUCUUGCCGCCCCAGGAUGUCGGAGAAGUCCGCCGAAGAGGCUCCGGUGGAGCUGGGGGCCAAGGACCUGAAAGAGAAAAAGGAGAAGCAUGAGGAGAAAUCUGCUCGUAAGGAGAAGAAGGAGAUCGUAGAGGACGAUGAAAACGGCGCCGAGGAAGAGGAAGACGAUGAAGACGCAAACCCUGAGGACGUGGACGAUGAAGAUGAAGAUGACGAAGACGAUGAGAAUGAUCAGGAGCCAGACUCACACGCAGUAAAACGAUCUGCGGAGAAGAAGCAGGAGGAGGAUGAAGUGGAUCCAAAGAGAAAGAAGACAGAAAACGGCUCUUCUGCUUGAAACUGUCCCCUCCCGGUGCCCGCAUCCUCUUCCCCUACUGUCCGUCUGUCCCCUCACCCUCACUGCUCCCACCUGCGCCGGCACCUAUUUUAAGUGCCACCAUCCUGGAGGGGGGAGGAGGCAUUCAGUAUGUUCUCCGACAGGGAGGGGGGGGGAGCUGAAGGAAGCUUUUCUUCUGCCCUGAGGCCCGUUCCACAUUACAGUGCUCCCUACAGUUUUAACUGCCACCUAGCUGCUGAUCCGUCCUCCGUCUCCCGUCGCAGCAUCCUCCCCGUUCCUGCAAACAUUCACGUCCCCUGCCCAAAGCACCCGCUCACGACCGCUGCCUAACAGAUCCUCACUUGCUUAUGUUUCGACACUUCUUGUGCAAACCCCCCCGCCCCCUGCUCUCUGUGCUCCACCAACUACAUCCUCCCCUUUCCUUCGGUCCCUUACAGAGUCCUACAAGCCUGUGGGACAUGUGCGGUGCUGAAAGGGUUAAGUCCAGUCCGGGAUUCCGGGUUAGGGAGAGUCAAACGGCAGGGAAUCGUGGCAGCGGAUCUAUUCGCUUGUCUGCCGGGUUUCCUUAGCUGGGAAAAGGCAAGAGAGAGGGGGGGAAAGCGCAACAAUGAAGUAAUGUGGUUUUUUAAAAAAACAAAACAAAAACAAAACGUGCAUAGCAACAAAGAUUUUAAUUAUUAAUACAUUUUGUACAAAUUUACAUGGCAAGGCAGCAAGCUGUAUCUGGUGAUUGUUUUUUCUUUCCUUCCAGAGGCAAUGCUUGUUUUAUAAUGUGUAAAAUCAUAUGUGAUUCAGUGGUUUGUUGAUUUUUUUUUUCCUUCCUCAUUUUGGGUCUUUGAAAAAAAAAUAAAUUAGGGACCAAAUUUUUAGUUCCCCCUCGUUUCCCUCCAGGUUCUUCUGUUCUUUUUUUUUUCUUUGUAAAUUAAGGCAGAACCCAUCUGCAGUAUUUUCUAUGGCACAGACAUUAUGAGGAUGAGAAAUAUAAAUAUAUAUAUUGUUUAGCACUGUAAAUAAAAAAAAACCUUUCAAAAAGA